AUGAGUAAUAACAAUAAUAAUAAUAAUAAUUCACCAUCAAAUGAUAGUCCUUUAUCAGUGUCAUCGAGUGUAGGAUUGUCAACACCAGGCAUCAAUGUUACUUCUACAUCGGCAACACCCAGUUUCACCGGGAUUACAGCAUCACAGAUAUCGUCGUCAGUCGGCAAUCCAUCGAUAAGUCCACUGGCAUCGUUCAGUCAGUCACUGCCAACAUCGUUGUCCGCUGCGAACUCGCCGCUGACCAAUACGAUGUCGUCGACCUAUCAUCAUCAAGCGAUAUCGACAUCGAAUUUGGCGUCGGCUAUCAACCCGACCAGCAACACAACAGCAUCGUCACUCUCUACAGCAUCGUCGGCAUUGGCCACUGCCAACAGCGCAGCCGCGCCAACACUACCGCAAAAAGAGAUCAGUGUAAGCUGUUUUGAAUUCCUGUAUAUUGAAAUGAUCGACUACAUCGUCAAGUCAUCGAGAGACAAGACUCAGAUAUCAAAGAAAUUAGAGAAACUAGGAUAUAAAGUUGGUCAUAAACUUGUUGAAAAAUUAACAAUUGAACAACAAUUAUUAUCAGAGGUAUUAGAUGUUGUAAAGUUUAUUUGUAAAGUAUUUUGGAUUGCUAUAUUUAAGAAAUCAAUAGAUAGUUUAAGAACCAAUCAUAAGGGUGUAUUUGUAUUAACAGAUCAAAGGUUUCAAUGGUUACUUCAUCUUUCUUUCGAUCCCAACUCAACAACCAAAGACUGUUCUGAUUAUGUGUACUUUGCAAUCGGUUUAAUCAAAGGUGCCAUGGCAAACUUUGGAUAUAAAUCAACGAUCACAUUUGAAAUUCAACAAAUACAUUCAGUUGUAUUUACAAUCAAACUUGAAACAUAA